AUGCCAAAGGAGACGCUAAAAACGUCGUUCACCAACACCCUGUGGGCCGAGCUCGCGGUCGACGCGUCGCACCCCCUGCCGUGCAAGCAGAACAUCCAGCACACGGAGCGCACGUUCAGCGGGGGCGGUGUCGAGGGCUGGGCAAGCGAGAGUUCGGUCCUCACUGCCCAUUCAGACGUCAAGUUCAACGCCACCGGCGACGGCCAAAUGUUCUUUGUGGGAUCUAUCAACGGCAGGCAGGGCGCAUUUGCUGCGUCGACUCACACCACAAUCGUCGACUUUGUCCUCUCUGCCGACUGGACCAUUAUUCCGGGCACUGCGUCAGGCGAUCUGGUCGGUAUCAGGGGCACUGGAUCUUACUCGUUCAAGCUCGGUAGCGACGGCGACAUGAAAGGGAUACCAGUAGAGGCCGAAUUGGUCUUGGAGCUUGACUAG